UGAACGAGAACAAAUGUUACAGCCUUUGUUUCUCCACGGUUUAUUUUAAAAGAGGACCGGAAGUCAUCGUCCGGCUGCUGUACGGCGAAGUGCGAGUGGACAAACAUAUUAUUUACAGCUUCUUCCUUCGCUGUUGAGCUCUUUACCUUUCAUUGAAGCCUCAAGAUCUCACAUCGCAGCAAGAAUGACAGACAGAUACAACAUCCACAGUCAACUGGAGCAUCUUCAAUCGAAGUACAUCGGCACAGGACAUGCCGACACCAGCAAAUGGGAAUGGCUGGUCAAUCAGCACAGAGACUCUUAUUGCUCCUACAUGGGACAUUUUGACCUGCUCAACUACUUCUCCAUCUCCGAGAAUGAGAGCAAAGCGCGUGUCCGAUUCAACCUCAUGGAGAAGAUGCUUCAGCCAUGUGGACCACCAGCAGACAAACCUGAAGAUGCCUAGAGUACCCUGGAGUGAUCUGUGGAGGCUUUUUUUAUGGAUGUUUUUGUAGGAUCUUUUUGGACAUUCAGCUUUUAUUUUCUGCUAACAAUAUGCAAUGUUAUUUUCCUUUGACAACCUUUGACAUCCUUUGACAAUAUGAACCUUUUAUUACCCUGCCAGCAACGAAUAAAUUAUACAGUUUCACAAGCUACCUGGACACAAAUAUAUUUACAGUGUUUAUACAUAUUUACAUCCUGGCUAUUGAAAAUUGUUUCCUGCACCACUCAAUUCUGCGGCUUUCUGAACAUUAGCUGGAGAAGAUAACAGAGUGGUGUCCUCGUAUUUGUGAAGUGACUGCAUUAACUGAUGGAUCUGUAUGUGAUUGAAAUUUCUGUUUUGAUUAAAAUUUGUCUUUUUGACAGUUCUUCAACAAGUCA